UUUAUCUGCAAGGGGACUGUGGACCUAACAUGUAACCUUGUGAUGUUUUCCCUGAGUAUCUCACCUACAGCAGGCUAUGAUGCUACCUUAUGGGAGAGAAAAUCCAAUGCAAUGCUGUCAAUCCACAGGAAGAGUCUUGCAGGCAUCACCCUUUCCUGUUGGCCAUAACCUCCAAGAUUUACAGAUGAACCAGAAUCCUAGAGAAUAUUUGUUCCCCACUGUCAGUUCUAACCUUGAGCACUUUCCCCCUGGCUCCUCAGGGAGGCUGGCAGAAAGCAUGGAGAGCCAUGAAAUCAACAUUCAUUUUUCCAAGAUGGGGAACCCACACUCAUGUUGGGAUGAAGCAGAGAAACCAGGUCUGGGCAAAUGUGCAAGAACCAGAUCCAUCCUUAUUUCCUUUCUCAAGGUCCCCUUGAUGUUUGCCUUUUUAUACCUGUUUGUGUGCUCCCUUGAUGUGCUGAGCUCCGCUUUCCAGCUGGCAGGAGGUAAAGUAGCUGGAGAUAUUUUCAAGGACAAUGCUAUCCUCUCCAACCCAGUGGCAGGGCUUGUGGUAGGAGUCCUUGUUACUGUCCUUGUGCAGAGUUCCAGCACCUCCACAUCCAUCAUCGUGAGCAUGGUUUCUUCAGGGUUGUUGGAGGUAGGUUCAGCCAUCCCCAUCAUCAUGGGCUCCAAUAUAGGGACCUCAGUCACCAACACCAUUGUGGCUCUCAUGCAAGCUGGCGACAGAAGUGAAUUUAAGAGGGCCUUUGCAGGGGCCACGGUGCAUGACUGCUUCAACUGGUUGUCAGUGCUGAUUCUGCUGCCUCUGGAAGUGGCCAGCGGCUAUCUGCACCACAUCACCAAACUUUCCGUGGCAACCCUCAACCUGCGCAGUGGACAGGAUGCACCAGAACUCCUGAAAGUAAUCACGGAACCCUUCACUGGCCUUAUUGUCCAGCUGGAUAAGUCAGUGAUCACAGGGAUUGCCACAGGCAAUGAAAGCUUGCAUAACAGAAGUCUGAUUCGGGUGUGGUGUGAAGCACCAGCUCCACAG